ACAGACACUGUACUGCGCACCACCUUUCUACUGCUCCAAACUGAAGACAUUCAAGAUGGCGGGUCUCAUAACAAAACAACUACUCGUUGUCAUCAUGGCGGCCUGUCUGCUAGAAUGGUCCAUCAGUGCCGACUGCCCGGAAGGCUGUUCUUGCGUUUCCUCUCCCCCCGCGGUCACUGUCACUUGUAACAACCCAAACCUCACGAGCGUCCCUAGCGGAGCUCCAAAGAACACUACCCUGUUCGUCAUCAGGGGUACCAAGUUGUCCGCCCUAAAGGGCGGUGACUUGGAAGGACUGUCCCAUCUCAACACGAUCUACUUUGAUGACAACCUAAUCUCUACCGUCGACAUUGGGUCGUUUGUGGGAGUCCCCGGUCUAAAUUACAUAGAAAUGGUGCAUAACGAAAUAACCGCUUUACCACCGGGUGUUUUUGGAAGCCUGAAAAAACUGGACACCGUCGAUUUGAGGUGGAACAGGAUAAAGUCGAUUCAAAAAGGUUGUUUCAAGGAUCUGCCUUUGCUCACGGCUGUCUACUUACAGGGGAACGGGCUGGAGAAUAUUGAAGUAGGGGCAUUUUCAAAUAUGAGCAAGUCUAUUAUGAUCAGACUGGACGACAACAGUAUCACUGAAAUUCGGAAGGGGGCGUUUGUUGGGCCACAGGGAAAAAGUGCAAACCUGGCCCUUACAAAAAAUGCCAUAUCCUACAUUCAUGAAGGGGCGUUUGCCGCCUUUGGAGAUCUUGGUAGUCUCAGUUUGGCGAACAACAGCUUGAACUCGAUAGAGGGCGCUUUUAGUGGGUUAAAGUCAGUGAGCACCCUCGACCUGAGCUACAACAAAUUACAAGCAUUGUCAGACACUGCUUUCUCCGAAAUCACAGAAAUGUCCACACUGAAUCUGGAAGCGAACGAAAUUAAAGUGAUAUCGGCCAAAACCUUCGCCAGCCUCGCCACUCUAACAGGCCUCAGCGUUCAAAACAACACACUCGCAAGUUUCGACGUUUCACUUCCGAGUACUCUAAGCACACUGCAGCUUCAAAAUAACCUGCUCACUUCAGUUCCAAGUUUGCCUUCCGGUCUAACGUAUUUGGAUAUUUCUUCAAACCCAAUUGAAUAUUUAGAAGGCAAACAGUUUGCUAAGUGCCAUCCUUAG